AAAUUUCUCUCCAACGACUUCAACAUCUGACUUUUAUGAUGCCCAACGUUGUAAAAACUCGAAUACCUUGCAUUCUCCCUCGUUCGGGAGAACCCAUGUUUUUGAUUUUGGAUUGCUGAGGUUUUCAAUCAUAUUUUUCACUCAAAACCAUUCAGGCUUUCCUGUCAGUACUGUAAUUGAAAAUCUUAGUUAAUCGCGGAUGUUCUGACUUGAAUGCACCAAAUUUUUGUCUCCUUUUUGGAUUUCCAUCCAAAAGUCAAUGUCUUCUGCUAAUAGUUCUGCUAAUGGCCCAAAUGAAGUUGAGAUUCGGGGACAAAGCUUUGACUUCGCAAGCAGGCACAACCUAGAAUCAACAUCUGUAUCAGAAGAUGUGAAGGGAAAAGAGAAUCUCGUCAGCUCUCAAGAUCAAGAAACCAUGGCUAGAGCAAAAGAGAAGGAAAUCCUGUAUCUUAGAGAGCAAAUUGCUCUUGCCAGUAUACGAGAAUCACAGAUGUUGAAUGAAAAGUAUACGCUUGAAAGAAAAUUCUCUGAAUUACGGAUGGCUCUAGACGAAAAGCAAAGUGAAGUGAUAGCUUCUGCAUCAAAUGAGCUGGCACGAAGGAAAGGUGAUCUUGAAGUAAAUUUAAACUUGCUUAAUGAAUUAAAGGUUGCAGAAGAUGAGAGACACAUAUUCACGUCAUCCAUGCUAGGUAUAUUGGCCGAAUUUGGUGCUUUGCCUCAUGUUACCAAUGCAUCUGCAUUAACCAACAGCAUCAAGCACUUGCAUGAUCAACUGCAGUUGAAGAUAAGGACUUCACAUGCUAGACUUGCAGAGCUAAAUUCGAUGAUUGGAUAUAAUUCCAGAAAUGGUUUGGGUGAUAAAGAAAUUCCAGGUUUGGCUCCCAGUGGUGGCCAAUUUCCUAGCACCUCUAUGGGUGUGCGUGGACUUUCUCACUAUAGCCAAUACAAUGAUGGGAAAAUUAUGGAUCCAGCUCAUGACCCUUCAAGAUACGUGCAAGAGAAUGAUUCUAAACAAGUCAAAAGUUUGACACGGAGUUCUGAGAUGCGCCAGUUACCGAAUAACGAGACUCUUUUAAGGACCUUACCUAACAUUGAUAGAUCUGCUGCAAGCCGUAUUAUGGACAAUAUGCUCGAAAGAAAUGGUUACCCGUCAGUAUCUGAGCAAAGAAGUUACGAUCAGUUUUCCCAUCUUCCAAUGCAUGAAAAUGCUGGUUCUUUUGGUGCUGAAGGUAAUAUGUUGUCGUAUCUUGUAACAUGGGUUCGGCAUAAUCCAGAUGGGACAAGGCAGUAUAUUGAAGGAGCUACUAAUCCAGAAUACAUAGUGACAGCUGAUGAUGUGGAUAAACUUAUUGCUGUAGAGUGCAUACCAAUGGAUGAACAAGGACGGCAGGGUGAUAUUGUCAGAAUCUUUGCAAAUGAUCAGCACAAGAUUACUUGCGACGACGAGAUGCAAGAGGAGAUUGAUACUCAUAUCUCUAAAGGACAGGCAGCAUUUAGUGUUCUAAUUCUUUUAGAGAACUCCGAGAACUGGGAGCCAGCAAGUCUGCUCUUGAGAAGGUCAGGCUUUCAGGUUAAGGAUGAGAGGAAACAGGAUGUUAUAAUUACCGAGAAAUACUCUAAAGACUUAACGAUCAAAAUUCCGAGUGGCUUCUCAACACAGUUUGUGCUGACAUGUUCAAAUGGAUCAUCAUAUCCCUUCAGCACAAAUAAUGACAUUAGAAUGAGAGAUACACUUGUGCUGACAAUAAGAAUCUUCCAGAGCAAGGCUUUGGAUGAAAAGAGGAAAGGCAAAGCGUAAUCUGUAUUACUUGAUCGUCUUGUAGAUGGUGUUUAUAGCCCUUUCUUCAUUCUUUAUUGCAGUAUGAAUGACUACAGUUUUGCUAUAUAGUGAGUUAAGGACUGGACUUAAAAUAUAUAGUGACAUGCAUUUUUUUUGAAUUCCUGGAGUUCACGUGUCCUUCCUUUCUGUUCUCUGUUGUAACAUGUAAUUGUACAGUUCAUUAAUUUUGAUGAUGUAUUGGGGAUUUGAAAAUUUUGAAUGCAGUAUAUGGAUGCUUGUUUUA